AUGCAAUUCAGCGCACAAGUUUAUUUUGGCUUUGUAUUCUGGACGACGCUUACCGCAGUCGGGCCAGUAAUAUUCUACUUUUCGGUUUGGAGCAUGGGCUUAGACGGCCAGGAGGUCUUGUUAUUUGCAACUGUGGCACCUUUCAUACUUUGCUCGACACUCUGUAGAACUUUCUUCCUGAAAAUCUUGCCCAUUAUUCAACUCUCAUCACUAUUGAGUAUCGGGUCAUACCUCGUGGACCGGAAAUUGUUUUAUGACGAUGCGGUACUUCGACUUCAGCUCACCACCAUAGCCAUCGGGCUCUGCACGACCUUUCAAACCUUUAAACUAUUCCAGAGCAAACUUCAGGGCCAGUUGGAACUUCAAAAGUGCUCGAUGGCUUUGGGAAUUGGGCUAAUCGCCAGCGUGCUGCUCAAGUAUGCCAACUACUCUUUGAACCCGAUGUGGCCAAUUAUGAGGAAAAACAACGGCGGGUUUCACAGAAUGGGACUCAUCUUGGGUAUUCUGAGUAGUCUCUUUCUGCGCUCUGGCUCCGACAUGAAUAGCGAAUCCGCACUAGAGGAAGAAGAUUCGCCCAUUUCGGAUAGCUCGCCGCGUUCGUCUAGCCCUGCCGGCUCAUCGCGUUCAUCAAACUCAGCAGACUUACCUCCUACGAUCACUCUCGACCCGCAUGGCCCCGUUUGGUGGAGAGCAGUUGCAGGAUUUGGCGGAAUCAUGUUCAUAAUCCACACACUUUUUACGGAUUCAGGUACGAUGAUUGCGUGGGUAUGGGACGGCUACCCAAUCACUGGACCGCUACCGCUUCAACAAGGCUGUUGGAUGAUCUUGGCGAUGUGCAUAGGUCUCUUCUUGCCGCUGAUAUCUGGGGACGAGAUGCUUUGCCAUCCGCAAUGGUUACUACUAGGAUGCACUUCGGCUUUUGGUCUAUACAGCUUUCACGGGUGGCUUGGAUUUGCGGCUGGCCUUAUUCUUUGCAUCUUUUGCCUCAGCAUUUUUCCCAGAUAUCUCCAGGAUCUUGUGACCAGCUCUCAAUCGGGUGGCUGGUGGAAGGUAGCUGCUGGAUUCGGUUUCGGAUACCUGAUAUACGACAUGAUGGAAUUAUGUCACACCUUCACGGUAGCUUAUGCCUUCGUGCCACUGGCGGCGAGGUUUCGGGAACGGACGGAUGCAAUACUUCUUGUCACAAUGACUCUCAUCGGUCUAGGGUAUUUCCAACCUCGCGGAAAUGAUCAACCUUCCAACCUGUUGCCAAAUCCUAGACGGAAUCAUUGGAUUAAAGUUAUGAAAAUGAUUUUGGGUCUGCUGGCCUUUACCUCAGUCAUGGUGAUGCUCAAGCGGACUACCUUCAAAGCAGAUAUCAAGCCUUACCACCCGGAAAACAGAACCUUCAAAGCUGGAAUCUGGACCGUCCAUUUUGGAGUUGAUAGUGGAAUGUGGGAAAGUCAACGGAGAAUCAAAGACAUUGUGGAAGAAUUGGAACUCGAUGUUAUUGGCCUUCUAGAGACAGAUUUACAACGUAUCGUAAUGGGAAAUCGUGAUCUGACUCAGUAUGUGUCCGAGGAAUUAGGAAUGCACGUGGAUAUCGGCCCGGGUCCAAACAAGCACACUUGGGGUGCUGUGUUGAUGUCAAAAUUUCCAAUUAUAAAUUCAACGCAUCACCUUCUCCCCUCACCACAUGGAGAAUUAGCCCCAGCAAUUCAUGCCACUCUUGACAUGUGGGGCACCCAUGUUGAUGUAAUUGUCAGUCACAACGGACAGGAGGAGGAUCCCGUUGACCGAACUUUGCAAUCCACAAAACUGGCUGAGAUUAUGCGAACAGCUUACCCGAAGCCAUUCGUCUUCUUGGGAUACGUAGUUUCUCAUCCGCAUGCACCAAGGCCUGCCCCCUACCAAAUCCUUGUGGAAGAUGGUCGCAUGCUGGAUAUCGAGCGUGGGGAUACCGAUCGAUGGUGCGAAUACAUCCUAUUCCGAGGAUUGAAACGACUUGGUUACGCGCGUGUCACCAGAGGUUCUAACCCAGCAGUAACCGAUACCGAGCUACAGGUUGGCAUGUUCCAAGUCCCACCGAGCUGGGUGACUGUCGACCCGGAUCGAGACUCAUCAGACUACCAGCGGGUUUCCCCAGAUUUCAUUGCCCCGGCGAGUAGAUUUUCGUCCAAGGUUGAUGGGCCUGAAGGGUUCAAAGGCCACCGAUACCACGUGCUUCGGGAGCAGUUCGGAACAGAUGUGGUUUACUAUCGAAUGUGAUUAGAGGAAGCUCCCUGCGUCUGUAUCUAUUGAUUGUGAUUAGAGGAUGCACAUCUUUGAUGACAUGUAGUUUUGUAUGAAUAUCACGACCGUCUAUAUAAAACCCAUUUCCCUGCUUUUCAGUACGAAUAUGUAGGAGUCUGUCAUCUCUACUGGUGCUUGUAUCCCCUCUUGUUUGGCUGUUUGACAGUUAGCUUCUAAUGUUUUGACUAGGAUUAAAUCUGGGCCUUUCAUUCAAAACAUACAUACUAUUUCAGAUCAUUAUUAUUAUCAAUCAAGAUGUGAAUACAAUUGCCUAAGUAUCUGCAGUUAGGUCAAUUUUUCUUUCUUGGAUGAAGGCUACACUUUGUUCAUUGAGCUCUUUC